GGAGAGAGCAGAGCAGCUGAGAAACAAUUUGGAUCUCUGAUUAGUUUUUGGGUUUCUUCAGAUCUCUGCAGAAAUGUCUUCAACUUUCAGCGGAGAUGAAACAGCUCCCUUCUUCGGCUUCCUCGGAGCCGCUGCAGCUCUCGUCUUCUCCUGCAUGGGUGCUGCGUAUGGUACUGCGAAGAGUGGCGUCGGUGUUGCAUCCAUGGGUGUGAUGCGGCCUGGGCUUGUUAUGAAAUCGAUUGUUCCAGUUGUUAUGGCUGGAGUUUUGGGUAUUUAUGGUUUGAUUAUUGCUGUUAUUAUCAGUACAGGAAUAAACCCUAAGGCGAAGUCCUGCUAUCUGUUUGAUGGUUAUGCUCACUUGUCGUCCGGUCUGGCUUGUGGUCUUGCUGGCCUCUCUGCUGGAAUGGCGAUCGGGAUUGUUGGUGACGCUGGAGUCUGGGCCAAUGCGCAACAGCCAAAGCUUUUUGUUGGUAUGAUCCUCAUCCUCAUUUUCGCAGAAGCGCUUGCCCGCUAUGGUCUUAUUGUGGGUAUCAUUCUCUCCUUCCGAGCAGGCCAAUCUCGGGCAGACUGAAGAUUGCAAAGCAGU